GCGAGAUCUGGCCUCUCGGCCCCGAACGGCGGGCGUCUUCUCCGGGCGUAUGGGAGGGCUUUGGCGUCCGGGAUGGGGGUACAUUGCUCUCUGUGGCUGGCGCGGGAGUCACCCUGGGUCUCUGACCAGGGUCGCGGAGAGGGUAGAACCGUGUCCCCGGCCGGGAAGAAGUGGAACACGAGGUGGUGAGAGGGGACUGAGGCGGCUCGGGACAUGGAAGCGCCCAAGCCCGGCCCGGGAGCUGGUGGGGCCGCCGCCGCUGCGGCCGAAGAGCACGAACCCUUUCACGCGCGCGCAGGAGGAGGACUGGCGGCGGCGGAACAAGACGGUCCUCACGUACGUGGCCGCGGCCGCCGUGGGCAUGCUGGGGGCGUCCUACGCCGCCGUGCCCCUCUACCGGCUCUACUGCCAGACUACUGGACUUGGAGGAUCAGCAGUAGCAGGUCAUUCAUCAGACCAGAUUGAAAACAUGGUGCCUGUUAAGGAUCGCAUCAUUAAAGUCACCUUCAAUGCAGAUGUGCACGCAAGUCUCCAGUGGAACUUCAGACCUCAGCAAACAGAAAUAUAUGUAGUACCAGGAGAGACUGCACUGGCAUUUUAUAAAGCUAAGAAUCCUACUGACAAACCAGUAAUCGGAAUUUCUACAUACAAUGUUGUGCCGUUUGAAGCUGGACAGUAUUUCAAUAAAAUACAGUGCUUCUGUUUUGAAGAACAAAGGCUUAAUCCACAAGAGGAAGUAGAUAUGCCAGUGUUUUUCUACAUUGAUCCUGAAUUUGCAGAAGAUCCAAGAAUGGUGAAUGUUGAUCUCAUCACACUUUCUUACACUUUUUUUGAAGCAAAGGAGGGGUACAAGUUACCAGUUCCAGGCUAUAAUUGAAGUUAGCAGCUAUGUCUUACUUCAUAUUUGUGAUUUUUGAAAAAUCAUGUAUCUUACCUUCUCAGAAGAGAACUAUUUACAACAACAUGAAGCCUUCUGUUUUAAAUAAUAUGUAAUGAUUUUUUUUCCAAACUAAUUUACCCUACUUAAAAUUUAGAGAACAGGUUCAGGUUUCUAUUCUAAGGAAUCCACAUGCCUAGAUUUAAAAUGUCUGACUGUUCAAACCAUAGAUUUAUUAGUAGUAUUAAAAGAAAUAGUCUCUUAGAUAUGUUGGUAUGGGCUUGAUGGUUCAGCAUAAUUCAUUGUUUCCCCUAAUUAUUAGCCCUUCAUACUUGCAGUGAAUUUCUUUUUAGUGUGUCUAGGGUUAUUUGUUUUAGCUCUAGAUCAUAACUUAUGACCAUUUUUAUUAUUAUUUCUGAAGUAGUUGGUUACUACUUUCUUUGUGAACAUUUUAAAAGCUCAAAAUGGAAGAGGAACACCUGAGUUCUCCUAGCUUGCCCAAAGAUUAUGUUCUGAUUUCAAACUUGAUUGUAUUUUUCCUUUAAGAGCUAGGGCGAUUUUACUGAAGAGUUAAUUGCUUUGCAAUUUGAGUAUCAUGAGAAGGAAAUAAAAUGCAUAACUAUGCUCA